CAUUUAUUCCAAACAGAACAACAAGAAAAUAUCCAUCACAUGUCGUUAUGCAAAACGUACAUAGCAUCUAAUGUGAAAUAUACUUACAGGAAGUAUUUGCAGAAUUUAGCUGUUAUUACAUUGUUUAUAUAUUUCAGCAAAACAUUGUACGUAAUGGAAACUGAAUUACUUAUGUCAGACCUGGUCAAAUUACCAACUGUACACAUGCACAGUUGAACUGAAAAACUUCAGUUACUGGCCCUAUUAAGAUAAGCUUCAUCGUCAUUUCUCGCUUUGUUUACAGUCUUAAAUUUGACGUAUUUUGUAAUUCCUAGAGAAGUCACAAGGUGGCAACAUUCAGGGAUUAGUGGACAUUCAUAAUACUCAUUAAUAUUAAUAGAAGUUAAAUUGUUUACUAAAUCAACUUAGCUUGUCAGCCUUUCUUUCAGAGUACAUGAAUUUUAAGAAUAUUUUGAACAGUAAAUAUCGUUAAACAGUAUGCUGCGACAAAUGGCAGUUAAAAAUUGAAUCAAAAACAAAGAAAUGUAAAUCAUUCAGUAGAUCAAGCGGUAUCUAUGAAGAAAAAGAGUUAACGUUUCGAGUCGAAGUGAGAAUUUUUGAAUUUUCAUUUACUGAAAGAAAUGAGCAAUUGUUAACGUUUGGACUGCAGUUGAUUUCAAUGUUCAUCAGAAGGAAAUGACAUACAAGUCACAGUUGAAAACGUAACAAUCAAGUCACUGUGCUAGUAGCCAUAAGUGUGCACCCUUGUGGAAAUAGUUUUUUUGAGCGUCGGGUGGGUGAGGGGGAGAAGAGGAAGAUGGAGUGAGAGACAGGCCGUGCGGAGCGCCGCUGUAGGCCCGCCGCCGCCGCCGCCGCCGCUCGAGGAAACGCGCAGGAGCCGUGGGGCAGGAAAUGGAGCGGGAGCCAUAUUUGGAGGCAGUGCACAGUUUACCAAGUGACGGCUGGGCUGCACGUAGCUGAGCGCACACGCAGACGAGCACUUUCGGAGGGAUAUUCGCGUCCGGAGACGGGCAGCGGGUGCUAGGGAAAGAAGUGGGAGUCCGAGGAGGGGAGAGUGAGCGAUGAACCCUCAGGGCCGGGCGACCGUCAGCGGGGAUAUUCUGAGGAAAAACCCGCAGCUGGACUUCGAGCUGAUCCAGAGGGUCGGCAGCGGUACCUAUGGCGAUGUGUACAAGGCUAGGAAUCUGCAGACUGGAGAGCUGGCUGCAGUUAAAAUUAUCAAGUUGGAACAAGGAGAUGACUUUUCCAUUAUACAGCAAGAAAUAUUUAUGGUAAAGGAGUGCAAGCAUUCCAACAUUGUGGCCUACUUUGGAAGCUACCUAAGCCGUGAGAAGCUAUGGAUCUGUAUGGAAUACUGUGGGGGUGGAUCCCUUCAGGAUAUAUACCAUGUAACAGGACCACUGUCAGAACUGCAGAUAGCUUAUGUGUGCAGGGAAACCUUGCAGGGUCUGGGUUAUUUGCACAGCAAGGGAAAAAUGCACCGAGACAUAAAGGGGGCCAACAUUUUACUGACAGAUCAUGGUGAUGUAAAGUUGGCUGACUUUGGUGUGGCUGCCAAAAUAACUGCAACUAUUGCCAAGAGGAAGUCCUUCAUUGGAACCCCAUACUGGAUGGCUCCAGAGGUUGCUGCAGUAGAGAAAAAUGGUGGAUACAAUCAGCUAUGUGAUAUCUGGGCAGUUGGAAUCACAGCUAUUGAACUGGCUGAACUGCAGCCUCCAAUGUUUGAUUUGCAUCCUAUGAGGGCUUUGUUUUUAAUGACUAAGAGUGGAUUUCAACCCCCUAAGCUGAAAGAUAAAAUGAAAUGGACUGCAACAUUCCAUUCUUUUCUCAAAAUAGCAUUGACAAAAAAUCCAAAGAAGAGACCAACAGCUGAAAAACUACUGACUCAUUCAUUUUUAACACAAUCAACCUUAUUCAGAUCACUGGCAGUAGAUUUAUUGGACAAAGUCAAUAAUCCUGAAAAUCACCAUCUUUUCAAUGAGGCGGAUGAUGAUGAUCUUGAGCCCCUCUCUGCUGUGCCUCAUACAAUUCGCUCCAUUAACAAGAAUACAAGAGCAGAAAGGACACAAUCGGAGAUCAACUUUGACAAAAUGCAGUUUGAACCUCCUUUGAGAAAGGAAACUGAGGCUCACUGUGAAAUGGAGGUAACCAAAGAUGUAGGAUUUGGGUCAUCUUGGAGCCCAUUUGCAGAUGGAGGAAAUAAGGGACACAUAGCACACCAAGAGGAGGAUUUUGACAGUGCACUGUCAACACUUAAAAGAGCAGUUGUAAUUCCACCUCCACUUCCACCAAAGCCAAGAAUACACAGCGUUUCGGAUCUUCCAGAUGAAGAGAGUUCUCUGACGAUCAAGCGGCAGCCUUGUACCAAAAAUGGACCAUCAGCUGUGCCAAGAAGACAGAGUACUCCAACAUCCCUAUAUCAAUCAGAGAUGCUUGAAUCAGCCCUUACAAACAGUGUCAGUAGCCCAGGAUUGCUUGAUACCAGAGCCUGUGACUUAGAAGGUCCUUCAGGCUUAAAUGGUGAACAUCCUCCAGUAUUACCUCGAAGAAAAGAAAAAAAAGAUUUUCCUAAGCCAGCUACCAAUGGUCUUCCUCCAACACCAAAAGUCCAUAUGGGAGCCUGUUUUACUAAGGUAUUUGAUGGGUGUCCUUUGAAGAUAAAUUGUGCUACCUCCUGGAUACAUCCUGAGACAAAAGAUCAGUAUUUAAUCUUUGGAACUGAUGAUGGCAUUUACACAUUAAAUCUGAAUGAACUUCAUGAAGCUUCAAUGGAGCAGCUUUUUCCUCGAAGAUGUACCUGGCUUUAUGUGAUCAAUGACAUUUUAAUGUCUUUAUCAGGUAAAACGUUUCAGCUUUAUUCACACAACCUAGUUGGCUUAUUUGAACAGGCAAAGAAACCUGGGUUAGCAUCCCAUAUUCAAACACAUCGUUUUCCUGAUAAGAUAAUACCCAGGAGAUUUGCCUUAACAACAAAAAUUCCUGAAACUAAAGGUUGUCACAAAUGUUGCAUUGUGCGGAAUCCAUACACUGGUUGGAAAUACCUCUGCGGGGCACUGCAGUCUGGUAUUGUUUUGCUUCAGUGGUAUGAACCAAUGCAAAAAUUCAUGCUAAUAAAGCAUUUUGAUUUUCCACUUCCAAGCCCUCUGAAAGUGUUUGAAAUGCUUGUGGUACCUGAACAAGAAUACCCAAUGAUCUGUGUAGCUAUCAGUAAGGGCAGUGAACCCAGCCAGGUGGUCCGGUUUCAGACAAUAAACCUGAAUUCUUCUUCCUCUUGGUUUACAGAGAUUGGUUCAGCUACCUGCCAGUUAGAUACCAUCCAUGUAACCCAGUUGGAAAGGGAUACAGUUCUUGUCUGCAUGGAUCAAAAUGUUAAAAUUGUAAAUCUUCAUGGUAAAUUGAAGUCAAGCAAAAAACUGGCAUCAGAGUUAAGUUUUGACUUCUGCAUUGAAUCAGUAGUGUGUCUUCAGGACAGUAUACUGGCCUUCUGGAAGCAUGGCAUGCAGGGCAAAAGCUUUAAGUCAAAUGAAGUCACCCAGGAGAUAUCUGAUAAAAGCAGAGUUUUUCAUCUGUUAGGAUCUGAUAGAGUUGUAGUUCUAGAAAGUCGACCAACAGAUAAUCCUAUGGCUUACAGCAAUCUCUAUAUCCUAGCUGGCCAUGAAAACAGUUACUAAGCAACAUCAAGAAACUUAAUCACAGGGACUGCUGCUUCAAUUGGAGCAAACAGAAAACAGCUUCAAACAAUGAAGAUUCACUGCUGAGAGAAUUAUAAAAUGGGAGUAGAAGUCGGCCCAGGCCUUGACUAAUUGAACUUUUGACUUGUAUUCAAUUCUAUCAUGAGGUAGAUUUCCUAAGAAAGCGAGUAAAUUUGGUGGCUAGAUGUGGCUUAUUAAAAUAUUCAGCCACUGUGUGGUUUGUCUGUCAUAUCAAAUGUGCUUCAUAAAAUCCCUGACGAGCUGUGACUUUGUAAACCAUAACAAAUAUAUAAUUUCUAAUUUUACAAAGUGAAAGUAUACAGAAAUUUUUGUUAAGUGCCACAUUUUCUAAUACUUUUCCCAAAGGUCUUUUUUAUUUCGUAAAUGCCUUGCAUCAAAGUUUGAUGCUUUAUUCUGCUUUUUGUCUGUGUGAUCUAAAUCUACUUGCAGAAUAGUGUAACUAUUUUAUAGGAAUUUUUUUAAGGCAUCAGCUGCGGGACUGUACAGCUUUAAAAUUUCUGCCAUAGUAUAACGUUAAACUGAAUAUUUAAAUGCUUUAUUUAUUAAUCUGUCAAUGGUAUUAAAAAUUAUAUUCAUUGGGGAAAUAGCUAAUGAUAAUUUUUCAUAUUUGCAUUGCAUUGUUUGGGGUUAUAAGGGAAAAAGUGUUCUAGCAUAAGCACAUUGUAGUAUUUAAUUCAGACUUUAAUUCUUACACAUUGUAUAAAGGCACUAUAUAAGCACUUUUUUGUACAACUUUUAAAUUGGAAGGCUUAGCUGUAUAGAUGCCACAGUGUUUUUCAUGCAUUUUAAUCUCUUUGUAUGUAUAUUUCAGUUGCUUUUGUACGCAUGUAUUAAUAGUGUAUUGAUGAAACAGGUGAAAAUUAAUAACAAAUACACGUGUUUGAAAAAUCUAGUUAAAAUGCUCCUGGCUGUUUUAAUCCUAAAUGUGUGGGAACCAUCACGUUUCAUUCAUUAUUUACUUUGGAAUUGGAAUAUGGUUUAAUUUCCAACCUGAGAACAUCUUUGGUUAUCAUUUCAGCUCUACCUCACCUUCUGAAUAUUAUCCCUUUUUUCAUCAUCUAGUCAUUUCAGUGAAUUUUUCGUAUUUUCAUUUUUAAGUAUCCUUUUUUAAAAUUCAGUAACACUAUAGCCAAAUAAUUUGAAUUGAUACUUUGUAAUAAGCAUCUGUAAAUAAUGUACAAUAAAGUAUUCAAUGCUCUCCUAAAUUUGUUUCAUAUUUGCUUCAAGUGAACAAGCACUAGAAAGCUGUUCUAUUUUAAUAUCGGAAGCAGUAGAACAUAAUAUUUCUUUGUGUAGAGAAAAGCUUGUGUGAAUUUCAUUACUGGUUUUUCUACUUCUUGUUGCUGAUCUAGCUGUUAUACACUCUGAUGUUUCACCAAAAUAUUAUUUUAUAACUUUUGUGGUUUGAAUAAUUUACAAACUGAAUUACAAAAAUAUUUUGCUUGUAUUUUUAGUAUUCUCGCAUGCUGUAUGAGCUGGUAUUGUUACCAAUCUGCUGCAUUGUAUAUUUUUCCUUAAAAUGAUUGUUUAAACGAUGACAUCACAUUAAGUGUUUUGAAUGGUAAUAAGUUUCUUUGAUGAUAAUAUUCAAAUAGAUUCUGAGGAUAAUUAUUUUGAGCAGCAUUUUGGGGCUCAUUUCUAAAAUAUUUCUAUCAAUUAAAAUAUUUAUUUUAAGGA